AUGGAGUGGACAAAGACUAAGGUUAGUCUAGCUUUGUCUCUGGUUAUGGUUUUAGUCGGCAUCUCUCUUGCUGAUCUCAAAGUCGGGUUCUACUCUAACGCAUGUCCUCAAGCUGAGUCAAUCAUUAGCAGAGUCGUCUCAGGAGCUGCUCUUUCGGACCCUAACCUCCCAGCCGUACUUCUACGGCUCCACUUCCACGACUGCUUUGUUGAGGGAUGUGACGGCUCAAUCCUCGUGGACAAUGGACCGAUCUCUGAAAAGAAUGCAUUUGGGCAUCAAGGUGUUAGAGGAUUUGAGAUAGUAGAAGCUGCCAAAGCCGAGCUUGAAGCUGCAUGCCCCGGUGUUGUCUCGUGUUCAGACAUUGUUGCCUUGGCUGCACGUGAUGCCAUUUCUUUGGCGAAUGGGCCGGCGUAUGAGGUGCCAACUGGACGGAGAGACGGCCGGGUUUCAAACAUGUCGCUGGCUAAGGACAUGCCAGAGGUGAAUGACUCGAUUGAGAUACUUAAGGCUAAGUUCAUGCAGAAGGGACUCAACGCUAAAGAACUCGUCCUUCUCAGUGCUGCUCACACUAUCGGGACAACGGCCUGCUUCUUCAUGUCCAAACGCCUCUACGAUUUUUUACCCGGUGGCCAACCCGACCCAACCAUCAAUCCGAUAUUCUUACCCGAAUUAACCACUCGGUGUCCACGAAAUGGUGACGUAAACGUACGGUUACCAAUGGACCGGUUAAGUGAACGGCUAUUCGACAAGCAGAUUCUGCGCAACAUAAAGGAUGGUUUUGCCGUGCUUCAGACCGAUGCGGGUCUCUACGAGGAUGUAACGACUCGCUGGGUCGUGGAUUCCUAUAUUGGGUUGCUAAAUCCCAUCUUUGGGCCAACAUUUGAAUUUGAUUUUGUAAAGGCAAUAGUGAAGAUGGGGAAAAUUGGUGUGAAAACUGGUUCGAAAGGGGACAUUCGACGGGUUUGCUCGGCCUUCAAUUGA